GUCAUCCUGCCUCUUGCUGUAUUUCUACGCUUAAAGACAGUGACUGUAGUCACAUUUAAAGAGGAGAGCCUAACAACAAAAUCUGCUGUUCACUAAUAAACACAACCCACCAAAUCACAGUAUGAGCUCAAAGGGUGGCACUGCCCUGUCCCGACGCAGCUAUCGCCUGGCAUCCGACACAGACAAGCCCAGAGUCGCAGGGAUUGUCAAUGAGAAGUUACUGAGCGACUAUCUGCACCAUGUGUUUCCUGCCUCCAGUAAGCCAGGACCGGCGUCAGCGGCGUACAGGAAAACCCUGACGUUCCAGGAUCUCGGAGCUCAUCUGGAGAAGCUGCUGGCUGAAGAUAACGUCACUGAGGACAGCAGGGAUCAGAUAGAAGGCUGUCUUGGACCUUCAGCGGUGGUCCUGGAUCACAGCAGUGGGUUUGAAGGGCUGUUAUUUGUUGACGAUGACCUUUUGGGGGUCAUCGGCCACAGUAACUUCAGCUCCAUCAGAGCCACCACUUGUGUCUACAAAGGGAAAUGGGUCUAUGAAGUUCUCAUCUCAUCUCAAGGCCUAAUGCAAAUCGGAUGGUGCACAUUGAACUGCAGAUUCAACCAAGAGGAAGGGGUCGGGGACACGCCGGACUCGUACGCUUACGACGGAAACAGAGUCCGCAAGUGGAACGUGACGACCACCAACUACGGCAAGUCCUGGGUUGCUGGUGAUAUCGUCAGCUGUUUGAUCGAUUUGGAUGAGGGAACCAUUACGUUUUGUCUUAAUGGACAGUCUCUUGGUGUUGCGUUCAGCAAUAUUAAGACGGGGCCAGGCGUCGCGUAUUUCCCUGCAAUCAGCCUUUCCUUCAAAGAGUCUGUUGCCUUCAAUUUCGGCAGCCGUCCUCUCAGGUACCCUGUGGAAGGUUACCUUCCUCUUCAAAGCCCACCAACCACUGACCUCACCAAAGCCAACAGGCUUCUGGGAUACCUCAAGACAGUCCUGUCCACCUCCAUCGACACACAGGAGGAAAAGUUUGUGGUGAGGGACAGCGGAGCCUGGCAGAUUCAAGGAGACCCCACCAUCCUGGUCACCCUUGCACAUAUAUUCAACCACUUCGCCCCUCUCAUGUGUAAAGUGUAUUUAGUGGAGGACGUGCUGAUGAACUUCCUGUUGAGUAUUUUGGAGGGUGGAGGAUCUGUCGAAGAACAUCCUCUCAUACAUCAGCUGCUGGACCUCUUCUGGCUUCUCAUGGAGGAGCACGAGGUGAGCGAGUGUCUGAAACAGCUGAUGAUGUCUCUGCUGAGAGCGUAUCGUUUCUCUCCCAUCAUCCCUGAUCUGGGCUUUCAGAUUCAUUACCUUCGUCUGACCACAGCUAUACUCCGGCAUGAGAAGUCCAGGAAGUACCUGCUCAGCAACGUCCUGUUUGACGUACUCCGGUCUGUGGUCUUCUUCUACAUCAAGACCCCUCUGAGAGUGAAAGAGGCCGGGCUGGAGGAGCUCAUCCCGACCACCUGGUGGCCCACACGCUUCGACAAAGAGGGCAAAGAUGAGAGGGACACACGUGAGGAGACGUCCGAGGAGAGGCUGAGACGGCGAGCGUAUGAGCGCGGCUGUCACAGACUGAAAAAGAGGAUUGAGGUUGUGGAGGAGCUGCAGGUUCAGAUCCUGAGGUUAAUGCUGAACAACAAAGACAAGGGCACGGGUGAAGCUUCUCGGUAUAUUUUCCUGAACAAAUUCCGCAAGUUCCUUCAGGAGAACGCCAGCAACAGAGGGAACCCCACAGUGUUGUGUCCUCCUGAAUACAUGGUGUGCUUCUUACACCGGCUCAUCACGGCCAUCAGGAGCUGCUGGGAUGAAGGCAAGAGAAGAAGCCCAGGAUCUGUCAGCAGUGAAGACGCAUACGUCCCCCCUCAGCUCUUCUACAACGGGAAGGUGGAUUACUUUGACCUUCAGCGUUUAGGAGGACUUCUCUCGCAUCUGAAGAAAACGCUCAAAGAUGACCUGGCUUCAAAAGCCAACAUCAUCAUAGAUCCUGCGGAGAUCCAGGCCACGUCUAUGGACGAUUUGGAUGAAGAUGAUGAAACCGGAGCUGCACAGAGACCGUCUGGCGCUGUGGCCAUGGGUGGGGCUCUGGCCCGUCCCAGCUGGUUGAGUUCCCCGACGCUGGGCAGAGCCAACCGCUUCCUGAGCACCGCCGCCGUCAGCCUCAUGACCCCUCGACGACCCCUCGCCCCGCCGGAGAAGGUCAAGAUCCGGACCCUCGCCGUGGAGCAGAGAACAGAGGAAGACAUUGAGGGAAGCCAUGGUAACGAUGGGCUGUUGCUGGGGCGACCGUUCGAGGAGCCUGACCAGCCAAUCACAGAGAAGUCUCUGCUGGAGAUCCUGGACGGGGUUGUGAUGAUGUACAAUCUGAGCGUGCAUCAGCAGCUCGGCAAGAUGGUGGUUGUAUCAGAUGAUGUUCACGAGUACGCCAUCGCCCUUAAAGACACGGACGAGAAGAUCGCCCGAUGCCCGAGCAGAAGGCCGGAUAUUUUAGAAGAGUUGCAGAAGAGCCAAAAAGUGUUUGCUGAAAAGCUGAACCACCUGAGUCGUAGGUUGGCCUGGAUCAAUGCCACCAUCUACUCCAAGGAGAAGAUGCUGGAUGUGUACUGGCUCCUGCAGGUGUGUAUCCGCACCAUCGAGCACGCGGACAGCACAGGCUCCCUGUUCGCAUUCAUGCCUGAAUUCUACCUCAAUGUGGUCAUGAACAGCUACAGCGCGCUCAAGAACUACUUCAGCCCCUCCAACUGCAUGGAGGAGCUUCCAGGUUACGAGGACACACUCGCUCAGCUCGCAGCCAUUCUCGCCAAACACUUCGCUGAUCCGCGCAUUGUUGGCACCGAUAUCAAAGAUUCACUGAUGCAGGCUUUAGCCAGUUACGUGUGUUACCCACAAUCCCUGCGUGCCGUCGAGAGGAUCCCAGAAGAACAGCGGAUGGCUAUGAUGAGAAACUUACUAGCUCCAUAUGAACAGAGACCUUGGGCUCAAACUAACUGGAUCCUGGUUCGUCUUUGGAGGGGUUGUGGCUUUGGCUAUAGAUACACACGUCUUCCUCAUCUGCUAAAGACCAAACCGGAAGACGCAAACCUGCCCAGCCUGCAAAAGCCCUGUCCAUCACUACUGCUGCAGAGACAUAUGGCUGAACUCCUUAGUCAAGACAAAGACAUGGCUGCCAGUUUCCUCAACAGCGUCUUAAACCAGCUCAACUGGGCCUUCUCUGAAUUCAUCGGCAUGAUACAGGAGAUCCAGCAGGCAGCUGAGCGGCCUGAGAGGAAUUUCGUGGACACGCGGCAGUUAAAAGUGUGCGCGACCUGUUUUGACCUGUCUGUCAGUCUGUUACGGGUCCUGGAGAUGACCAUCACUCUAGUACCAGAAAUAUUCCUGGACUGGACCCGCCCCUCGGCCGAGCUGCUGCUGCGCCGAUUGGCUCAGCUCCUGAACCAGGUGUUAAAUCGAGUCACGGCAGAACGAAACCUCUUCGACAGGGUGGUCAACUUGCGCCUCCCAGGUCUGGAGAGUGUGGAUCACUACCCCAUCCUGGUGGCUGUUACAGGGAUAUUGGUGCGAAUUCUGGUCGACUCUGAUAAACAAGGGAUCUCUAGGGCUGCGUCUGUGCUGCUGUCGGAUCCUUGCUUCCAGCUUCGCUCCAUCCAGUACCUGCUUGGAGAAGGAGAUGCCGGAGCUGCCAGUGCCGACAGCAAACACUUCUCUCUGCACACAUAUACGGACUACAUCAGCACGGAGGAAGAGCAGAAAGUAGAACAGAUGCUAACUUUCCUGACGGAGGAGUCCAAGCAGGCAGCUGCCAGCACUGCGCCAACCAGUGAGGAUGAUCUCUGCCCGAUCUGCUAUGCACACUCCAUAUCAGCCAUCUUCAAGCCCUGCUCCCACAAAUCCUGCAAGGCCUGUAUCAAUCAGCACUUGAUGAAUAACAAGGACUGCUUCUUCUGCAAGGCCACUAUCACUGGAGUGGAUGAUUACACCAAACCAGCCAGUUCUUAGUGCGCCCUUUACACACACAUGCACACAUUUGGUGUAUUAUGUACACUUUCCCCAAAGAUUCACUUCAAAAACACACACAUUCAGGUUGGACUCUUUCUUUCCAAUCAGUCCAUGUAUGGUCACCAUCCCGUCACUGUUGGCUCUGCCAGCUUUGCCCAUCUGUCCUGGCAUAUCAUAACAUUUUGUCUUCUGACAAAUGGAACAAGGCCUUGCAAGGCAAUAGCUUUUCCCAGGUUUCUGUAUGAUGAAUGGAUGAGAUCAUGUUUAGAGCCACGUGCCCAUGGUACUUCUGAAGGAGCAGCUGAAAAGCUGAAUGUGGAAGAUCUGCUGAUAGAGAUGGAUAGUGUCUCGCCACUGUCUCAGUCGCAUCUCAUUUUGUCCUGUCUCUUUCAUCUCCAAUCUGCUCAUUUCUAUUCUAUCAUUUCAUCUCAUCUAUUUUAGUCCUCUUUCCUCCUCUCCAUUUUUCUCCAUUUUUUGAGAAAAUGUUUUUUGUUUCACCUCGUAUUGUCUCAUUUUUUUUCAUCUGCAUUUUUUUGAAUCACUUUUGCCUAAUCUGUAAUCUACUCUAUUUUCCUGUUAUCCUUUAGUCUCUGCCCAUUUUCUCUUUUUCUCUUAUUCUUCUAUCACAUUCUAGUCUAUCCUCAUAUUUUCUUCUCUCAUUAACUCUUCUUGUCUCAAUUUAGUCUCAUUCUUGUCUCUUCUUUUCUUUCUCUUAUCUCACACUUCUCUCAUUUUCUUUUCUUGUCUUAUUCGUGUCUCUUCUUUUCUUGUCUCAAUUCUUGUCUCUUGUCUAAUUCUUGUCUCUUCUCUUCUAAUUCUUGUCUCUUCUCAUCUCACACUUGUCUCUCCCUUUCUUAUCUUAUUCUUUUCUUCUUUUUUCCUCAUCUCAUUCGUGUCUUUUCUUUUCUUGUCUCAUUCGUCUCAUUCUUGUCUCUUCUCAUCUCACACUUGUCUCUCCUUUUCUUGUCUUAUUCUUUUCUUCUUUUUUUCUUGUCUCAUUCAUGUCUCUUCUUUUCUUGUCUCAUUCUUGUCUCUUCUCUUCUCAUACUUGUCUCUUCUAUUAUCUUCACACCUAAUUCUUACUUCAUUCUACUCUAUUCUUCUCGUUCCUGUCUUUUCUCUUUUUGUCUCAUUCUCAUCUCAUUCUUGUCUCCUUGUCUUGUCUUCUCAUCUCAUUCUCGUCUCUUCUCAUACUUGUCUUCUAUUCUCUUCUCAUAAUUCUCAGUUCACUCGUCUCUUCUAUUUUCAUUCGUCUCAUCUCAUCUCAUUUUUGUCUGUUCUCUUUUUGUCUCAUUCUCAUCUCAUUCUUGUCUCUUUGUGUCUUCUCAUCUCGUUCUUGUCUCUUCUCUUCUAAUUCUUGUCUCUUCUCUUCUCAUACUUGUCUCUUCUAUUAUCUUCACACCUCUUACUUCAUUCUACUCUAUUCUUUUUGUUCCUGUCUUUUCUCUUUUUGUCUCAUUCUCAUCUCAUUCUUGUCUCCUUGUGUCUUCUCAUUUCAGUCUCUUCUCUUCUCAUUCUUGUCUUCUAUUCUCUUCUCAUAUAAUUCUCACCUCAUUCUAGUCUCUUCUAUCCUCAUUCGUCUCAUCUCAUUUUUGUCUGUUGUCUUUUUGUCUCAUUCUUGUCUUGUCUCAUCUCAUAUUUUGUCUCUUCUCACGAACUCUGGUUAUAUUUAUCAUAUCAGGAAGUCAGAGUUAAACUCAGUACUAGUGAACAGUUUUUCACAUCACUCUCUGUAUUUGCUAAUGUUUUUAUACUCCGUAACGACAGCCAUAUUUGACAUAGAUACGCACUUAGCAGAAUCUACAAUCACUUUGGAUUGUUGUACAUCAUUUUCUACAUGAAAGAAACCAAGGAAAAAGAAAAACAUCUACAUUAACCUGUUACAUAAUAUGUAAUAAAUGUAUUUUAUUACGAAUUUAUAAAGCAUCAUACAAGAUAAAAAAAGCAGGUUUUGGGACAUGGACAGUUUCCACAGAGAUGUAAAUGCAAUGUGAGACAGUGAUAACAGUUCCUGUUUGAGAGAAAUCCUUUGAUUUCCCACCAACACUUGUGUGUUCUGUUCUCUGCUACAUUUCUCCAUUCGGACGACUUGCACGUUUGAUCUGUCAUCAUAAUGGUGUGGGGUGUUCGUAAAUGUUCUCUAAGAAGCCUCAGCUUUCUUCAUACCCAGAUCUUUCCUUCAGUCUGUUCCAUUAGGAGUGCCUAGACUGCUGUUUUUGUUACAGAACACCAACAGACAUCUAGAUUUAAGUGCUUUGCUGUUGUGUGCAUGGCGUUGUCUUUCCUAGAACUCUUUGCUAAUGGAUUAUGUUACACUCGGGCUCUGCCUGCACUCAGAAUCCAUUGCCUUGCCACAGCUCCCUUAAAAGGAUAUCCAGCCAUUCACAACUGCAAUUUUCUACACCAAAUAAAAGUCUAGUGGUGCAGCCCAGUUUUAAAACCCACAAAAAAUUAGAUGGAGUGAGCCAAGACUGGUGGUGGACCGCAGCUUUGACUGUCACAAUACAUUACGUAAUUGUUAAAACAACUUGUACAGAAUCCAUCAUACGCUUCUUACUAAUUCACACAGACUGUUUAUUUAACACGCAGACAAUUUGCUAUGAACGAUAAACCACUAAACUUCCAAACACUGUAUAAAACUGAUAAUAAUUAUGAAUUAUCAAAACCAAAAGAGUAUUUGGGUCACUACUUCUCUCAUUUGGACUGUUAAAAGCAUUUCUCACAGUGUGGUGUAAUGUUGUUUUUGAUAAGGGGGUGCAUGAUAUAAAUGUAGGACCCCCUCUAUAGUUUAAUUAAAGUGUGUGUGUGUGUGCACGCGCAUUUGCGGUGAGCGUGUGCAGACGACUUUAAUUUAAGAGUUUCCACUCUCAGGCAUCUGCUAUUGUUGUCAAAGGGAAUUGUAGAUUAGUUAAGCAAUAUUUAAAGGACUGUUGAUGGUUUCUUUUUCUUUAUUUUAUUUUAUUUUUUUUUUUGAAAGCGAGUACAUGCCAUUUUUUUGUUGUUGUUCUUUUCUUUUCUCACUUUUGUGUACAUGUAUUGCUGUAUUAUUAGCAUUAAAUUAUUUAUCCUAAAUACUGUCUUGUGUACUAACUUUGUAAGUACUUUUCAAUUUAUAUAUUGGCUUACUAACGUAUUUAAUUAAGCAUAUAUUUAAAAUAUAUCCUACAUUCAUUCAA